GUAAGCACGCUGCCGCUGCAACCAUAGACAAAUUUGGGAAGGAAGUUUGUGAUUUAAUCGAUUUUACACCGGCCUCCUCUACAAAACUUCUCAACGGCAUUUUCUUUGUUUGCCGUACGCGUGCCUAGUAUCAAAAACAAAAGUAUCGAGGUCGGAAGCUUUGUGAAAAUGGCGAACACGUUUCGCGCGGUGACCGUGUCUGCCGUCAACAAUGACGGUGCUCUAACACCGCGCUUCAACUUCCCUACAAACGUAAACGUGGAUUACGACCCGCAAGGUCUCAGUGUUAAAGUGAUACGUGCCGACCCAGUGCUGGCUCAAGAGGUGCUAGAGUUUCCCGUCCACAGCCAGAGUGAGUGCUCGCGAGUGGCUGGACAGUCUUACAUUUUUACUAUAGAUAACGAGACAUUGUUUUUUAAAUUCGCCUCCGAUGUCGACUGUCAGAGCUUCCAUUUGCUGGUCAGCAAGAUCAAAGCGGGCAGAUCGUCGUCUGUUUUCACCGUGCGUACGGAGGACUCGUCAGCGAUGCAAUACUUCCAGUUCUACGGGUACCUAAGCCAGCAACAGAACAUGAUGCAGGACUACGUGAGGACGAGCACGUACCAGCGUGCAAUAUUGUCUAAUAUUAACGACUUUAAGAAUAAGGUAAUCCUAGACGUUGGCGCCGGUUCUGGUAUCCUGUCAUUCUUUGCGGCUCAGGCCGGGGCGCGGAAAGUAUACGCGGUUGAAGCGAGCAACAUGGCGCACCACGCUCAGGCGCUGGUGCGUGCCAACGGCCUCCACGACCGCAUCACGGUCGUUGCGGGCAAGAUAGAGGAAAUAGAGCUGCCCGAGAGUGUAGAUGUGAUCAUAUCCGAGCCCAUGGGAUACAUGCUGUAUAACGAACGCAUGCUAGAAACAUACCUUCAUGCGAAAAAAUGGCUCAAAUCCAAUGGCAACAUGUACCCUACAAGAGGGGAUUUGCACAUAGCUCCGUUCACAGACGAUGCAUUAUUCAUGGAACAGUACAACAAGGCUAACUUCUGGUAUCAAGCUUGCUUCCAUGGGGUGGACUUAAGUGCACUGCGUACCGCAGCAAUGAAGGAGUACUUUAGGCAGCCUAUUGUAGAUACAUUUGAUGUGCGUAUUUGUAUGUCAAGAUCGGUUAAACAUGUGGUGGACUUUUUGGAAGCUAACGAAACAGACUUGCAUCGUAUUGAAGUGCCAUUCAGAUUUGAGUUAACACAGUCGGGAACUUGCCAUGGCCUUGCAUUUUGGUUUGAUGUGGUCUUUGCGGGCAGCACACAACACAUAUGGCUGUCGACAGCACCCACCGAACCUCUGACACAUUGGUAUCAAGUCAGAUGUUUGUUAGAGACACCGAUUUUUGCAAAACAAGGUCAAGCUCUCACUGGGAGAGUUCUCUUAUUAGCGAAUAAGCGACAGAGUUACGAUGUAACAAUGGAUGUGACAUUGGAGGGCACUAACAUUUCUUCCUCCAAUACAUUAGAUUUGAAAAACCCUUACUUUAGAUAUACAGGAGCUCCAGCAGCCCCUCCCCCUGGGGUAAACACAACAUCACCUAGUGAAUCAUACUGGAACUCGGCCGAAUCAGGGUCUCUGAGCAAUGGACAAGGUGUGAUCCUCACAGAUGGUACCCAGCAGUACUGUUCCACCCCAGACCAGACCAUAGCUUACGGUGCACACCCCAAUAUGAUCAAAACAGUGAUGCUCCAAGAGGAAUUCAUCAAGAGGAUUGGGAUCAGUCAAAAUGGCGACAUUUAAUCCGCAAAGUCGCGCCGCGCGCGCCUUAGGGCUAUAAGGAACCGUCGCAAUCGGUUGUGAACAAUCUUCCGUUCAAACUCUAUAGUGUGUAAGCGGACUUAUUUAUUAAUGAAGUAAAAAACAUCACAGUGAACUGUUAAUCGUGUAAUUAAGUAGCUGAGGCAUCUGCCUCCAUCACUUAGCGCAACUGGUAACAUUUGUAUGGCUAGAUUCUGUAUUGCAGGUCCAUUAUUCACUAUGACAGUGUACAACCAUGAACUGUCAUAAAACACUGACUUUGACAAUAAUUCAUACAAUCAAUAUUGUCAUAUUUUAAUGUAAUAAUCUUGGACAUAAUUUAUUACACACUAGAAUUGAGAGGUUUAUGUCUACAAAUACAAAAAAUGUUAUUAUAUAUGUUUUAAAAUUUGACAGAAUUUCAUAUCAAAACUGUCGUAGUUUGAAUGGAAAAAUGUGUUUGAUGAUUGUUCAUGAGUGUCAUGUCAUAGCAAGUAAUGGUUCAGUCUAGUUACAGUUUUAUACACCAAAUGGUGUAAGAUUUGUUCUCGGUUUCUAUGACGCUUGCUAGUGUAAUUUGGACAGCUCUAAAUAACAUUUGUUUUUUUUAAUUUGUAAAUAUUAUUAUGUAUUGUCAAGUGGCAAUGGUCAAAUACUACUAUAGCUCCCCUAGCAUCAUACUUUGGCAGUAAUCGAACAGACUAUGAUAAGAUGGCUACACUGUUGUACUGAUGACACCACUAGUACAAUUUUGAUAGCUUACAUCUCAGAGAUGUGACACUUUGGAAGAUUUUUUUUUACAGAAUACCUGUUUGUAUUGAUGCUAGGAUAUUGAUUAAUACAGGUUUUAUGUGUGGCCACUGGUUAAAAAAAAUUACAGACCAUUUUGAGUCACCAACCAAUCACAAACGAAACCGUGAUUGACCCAAAGUGGUUAACCCCCACUGAGAUUUUGGCUCCUUUCCAUGGAUAGAGCAUAGGUAGACCAGGCUGCAUACUAAAAUAUUCAAACCUCGUUUACUUUAGUUUUGUUCCAAAAGGCUCAACCUUUCUAUAUGGUGCUCUUCUAAUAUUAUUGUUCACACAGGAUUAUUCAGUUUUAAUAUCUUCUAUGGUUCAAACAGGGAAACUCAGUCAGUUAGUUGACUGCCUCUUUGGUCGAGUGGCUAGUUUAAUUGAUUGUGAGUCAUAUGAGGUCCUGCAUUCUAGACUUAGGUUGGCCCACAAAAUUUUAUAGAUAUUUUCACCAAAGCAUUCUCAGUAUCAGCCUGGAGUUGGGAAGUUGGUGUUUUAUGCCUCAAGAGAGAAUGUAAAUCUUUCUCUGGUCAUGUAUAAAUUAGCCCACAACUAACAAGUUUGAUUCUCGGGGAGCCAAUUGAUGCUAAUGUAGUUAAUGCGGUUAGUUUAAGAAUUUUAGAGGUUCAAGUACACUUAGAUUAAG